AUGAUGUCGUCGUGCCAGGUUGAUGGGGCUCAAAGCGUGCCCGAAGUGGUGGACCUGUACAAGCGUAAAGCAAGGCUGUGGAUGUUCAUUACCUUAGCGCUCUUAGGACUCGGGGAUAUGCAGGCACAGAAUAAACAUCAUGCUUACAAACUUGCCAUGCCACAACGGAUAACUCGUACCAUGGCAAGUACGAAUGCAAGCUGA